CACGUCUACGUUGUCAGUACGUGGUAUGGUAGUCGUGCAGCGUGCAGCAUGUUGUAUCACCUGUUGCUGCAGACAGUAAAGACACUACAGUCAGCAGGUGUAUCACCCGGUCAGCCUCACAUCCUGCUGUAUGACCUUGAGUACAGUAAAGACGUGGAGAAGGCCGUCAACGACUUGUCACAGGCGGCGAGCGGAGGGUCGUUGUACGUCGUCGCUGAUGAAGUAGGGAGUGAGUACCGAAUCAAGAACUUUCCGACUAUGUGUAACAAUCUGCUGAUACGAGUUCCUCGUCUCCAUCUGUGGGCGGCAAGUUGUUACCAUGGACACGCACCCGUCGGCUGGGAAGUGGAAUAUUUAACCAGACCCCUUCGCUCUCCACCGGCCGUCGUCAGGGAAAUCGAGCAGGAUGAGAUGAUCACUAUAGACCGUAAUGUCCACCCCUACAGUGAGCGAGGUGUGCCCGACCACACAGACGGCCCGCCAGUCAGACGACUGUAUCACGGAGGACACGGUCACUCAGGUCGCUUGCCAGUUGACUGUGUCACGUGCGGUCGUGAGGUGGCCAGCUUGCUACACAGUCUCCGUGUUGGUGUUACAGAGAGCAGCACAACAACAUCUACAACAUUGACGUCUACCAGCGGCGGGACAACACCCUGUCUACAGUGGAGAGACGUGCUGGUGUUAUACUGGAGUGUCGUUAGUGGUCAGUCGGGUGUGGUCACAGGACUGCAAGAAGCGGGUAUCCCAGUUCGGGUGAUGAAGGAUGAUAUCGAGGACGUGGCCACGGCCCGCAGUGACGUGGUGUGGGUGACGACUGGACAUGGGGUUCGUGGUCUGGAGAGAAAAGUCGUCGUGUGUCUGGGGGACCCUGAUUAUGAUUUAGUUAGACUUGAUCACAUGUCCCGCUGUACGUCACAACUUGUGAUUGUCUCCGGACAACUAGCCGCCUGAAGGUGACUGACACUGACACUGGAGGGACUUUCUGUGGACGUUUUUACUAUGGUGGAAUCAGAUAAAAGAGACGAGCGUCCAUCGAGUAUGCCUGGUGUUUCUCAUUGGUCGUGUGAGAAUGUUUACAAGUCCAAGGACACUAACCCCAAUGACGAUAUACAAAAUCAAAUGAGAGUUACAUCCCCUGAUUGUGAAAAUGGAAGUAAUGGUAAUGAACAAAGUGCUGGCAUACAUAAUAAACUUUCCUUUCUACAUUGGAAUGUAUGUGGACUGCAAGGUAAAUUAAUGAACAACGAUUUCCUAUCUUUCAUAAUGUCAUUUGACUUCAUUUGUCUUGUCGAAACAUUUAUGGGAAACUUUACUUCUACAAUCUUUUCAAAUUAUCACUGUUUCUGCAAAACGGCUAUUAAAUUUAAUAACCAAGGUCGUCGUUCGGGAGGUCUAUUAUGUCUAAUUAACAAUAACCUGAUACCAUAUACUACAAAAAUUGACACAAGUUGUCAUAAUCUGAUUGUUUGUCGAAUUAACAAAAUCCUGUUUAAUCUUUAUAAAGAUAUUAUUUAUAUAUGAAGGCAGUCCCUUUUACCCAUACUUUGGUAUUAACAAUGGUAUUUCCAUCAUUGAAGAAUGUUUGGUUGAGUGUAUGCAAAAAAAUGAGGAUAUGUAUGUCAUUGUAGCUGGAGAUUUGAAUGGUCGGACUGGGUGUUUGAAUAAUAAUGAUACUACUGAUGCUGACUUUGUCACAGAGUUACUUGUACCUGAUAGCCAUUCUGUUAUGUCAGACAGACUUUCACAUGACCCAGUGGUCAAUCAGAAUGGGAAGCUUUUACUUAAUCUAUGUGCCUCUUUUGAGCUUUAUAUUUUCAACGGUGUAUGUCAUGGCGACCGUCAAGGUUGCUACACCUACAUUGCUGAUUCAGGACAUAGCGUUAAUGAUUACUUUUUAAUGUCAAAAGAACUCUUUUUACACCCAUACUGCAGCUAUCUCAUUGUUUGUCAAGCAGAGAUUUGAUUCUGAUCAUAUGCCUGUAAUUUUGUAGUUAAAUAGGACAGAUAGGGAAGUCAUGUGAAGUAACAAUAAAAGAAAAACGUAUACUGAAAAAAAAAUUUCCCUGGGAUAAUAAUAAUGCCUCUAAAUUUAUAACUAAUAUGAAUAAAGAAGAGACUUUAUAUAGUUUAAAUCAGGCAAUCCAAUUGAUAGACACAGACUGACACGCCUGUCACCUGCUGUAAUCGUUUGUCAGUCUCUUACAUCAACAAUUGCCUUUUAAAGUCUGUCCUCUUCUACUCUCAGUCUAUCACCACGUGAGCGGUCCGGUGGCGCAACGGUUAGCGCCUGUCACCAAUACAGUGAAGGUUGGCUGCCCAGAGUUCAUUUCUCGUCUCGGGCACGCUGUUCUUUCUCUGCACGUGGCAUCUGUUUACAGGGCUGGCUGCUUGCCAUAAUAUAGCUUUAGUUGCUGGCACGGCGUAAAACACCAAUUCCCCCCCCCCUAUCACCACGUCACCACCUUAUGUCAUAGACAUGACGUCAAUACAGAUUUUUACAUCACGA